ACAUGCUCAGUUGAGAUUAUUUUUGCGCACGGAGGCUUUAAGAGCUCGCGGCAGCGUGAGCAGGCAGCAGAGGACCGAAGAGAGAGAGAGAAACACCGGGAGCUUCGCGUACAGCUGGCCCAGCAGCGGUGCCUCUCUCUCGGAUGAACGAGCACCGUAACACCCCGCCGCCCUCGGCUCUUUGGCUUGGGCACCCGGAGGUCAGGCGAAUGUGCCAAACGCUUUUACGCGCAACUUAAAGACUCUUUUUGAAUAUAAUUGUGUUCUCACCAUGGGGCUGGGAAAAGUGAGGGUCUUGGCUAUAUUAUUCGACAGCCUGAAUGAUAACAACCUGCCCGCCUUCUCUGGGGGAGAUCUGGUGUCUGGGAGGGUGGUGGUGGAGGUGACCGGGGAUGUGCGUGUGAAAAGUCUGGAUGUAACCGCACGAGGGGUCGCAAAAGUCCGAUGGACCGAGUCUAGAAACACCGGGGCCAACACGGCUUACACCCAGAACUACACCGAGGAGGUGGAGUACCUUCACCACUACGACACCCUGAUAGGAGAGGAGAGAGACGAGGACUGUCCGGAGGAGGGUCUGACUGUUCUGCACGCCGGCUUGCACGAGUUCGCCUUCAGCUUCAACCUGCCUCAGAUGGCUCUGGCCACGUCCUUCGAGGGGAAGCACGGCAGCGUGCGGUACUGGGUGAAGGCCGAGCUGCACCGGCCCUGGCUGCUACCGGUCAAAGUGAAGAAAGAGUUCAUCGUGUUCGAACACAUCGACAUCAACACGCCGCUGCUGCUGUCUCCUCAGGCCGGGUCCAAGGAGAAGACGCUCUGCUGCUGGUUCUGUGCUUCAGGUCCCAUCUCCCUCAGUGCCAAGAUCGAGAGGAAGGGCUACACUCCAGGUGAGAAAACACAUCAUCUCUUCCCCGCUCCUCCUCCUCUUCCUCACUCCUCACUUAUAGCAGUGGUUCCCAACCUUUUUUCCCAAGAGCCCCCCCAAAUGACUCCUGUUGGAAGUUGCGCCCCCCCUCCCCCACACACAAG